AUGAACAAUAUAACUAUAAAUAUAGAAGUGAUAAAGCUACUAGUUUUUGCAAGCAACGAGAAACAGCUGAAAAUGCAACAGAAGUACGAGAAUUACGACCCCUCAUUUCCCGACCAACCUGUGGUUGACGAAUACUUGGCAAUAUGGAGUAGGUUACCAGCCUUUGGAUCCAAGCCAGCCUUCAUUUGGGCUGAAGACUCUCACACCUUCACUAUCCUCACUUACCAACAACUCAACACCUCCGUUGACCUCAUCUCCUCUAACCUUCUCCAUCAACUCCAAGGAGGUGACUCCAUCCUCCUUCUAUGCUCCCCAGGACUCGACCUUGUUGAACUCAUCUUCGCCUGUCAAAGGGUUGGCCUUUUGAGCGUACCCAUCAUCCCUCCCCACCCUUCUUUCGCCAACGAAAACUAUCACCACCUUAUAAGGGCCAUUUCACAAACCAAGCCCAAAGCUGCCAUAGCCCAUUCCCACUACAUAUCAAGCAUUCAACUCUACCUUUCCUCCUCCAAUAAAAACAAAAAACUCGCCCACAUGUUACAAAAUCUCCACUGGAUUUCCAUAGACCACAUCAAACAUAGGAAAAACAACGUUACUAUAAAUAACCCUGAGUCCCUAACAUACCGUGGUUGCAAAGCUGACGACGUUUAUUUGGUUCAGUACACGUCUGGAGCCACUGGGAUCCCAAAACCUGUGCUUGUCACAGCAGGUUCGGCUGCUCAUAAUGUUAGGACAGCGAGAAAAGCUUAUGAUCUUCAUCCAAAUUCCAUUAUCGUUUCGUGGCUUCCUCAGUACCAUGAUUGUGGCCUCGUCUUUCUGUUACUCACCAUCGUAUGCGGCGCCACGUGUGUUCUCACAUCCCCAGCCUCGUUCAUCAAACGCCCCAGGCUCUGGCUUGAACUCAUGUCGGAAUUCAAGGCCACCUGCACUCCCGUUCCCUCAUUCACUUUGCCACUUGUGGUAAAACGCGGAGGGGUUGACAAAGGAACAACACCCAUUAACCUAUCAACUUUGAAGAACCUUAUACUCAUCAACGAACCCAUCUACAGAGACUCGGUGGAAGAGUUUGUUCAUAUUUUUUCUCCAUUUGGGUUAAACCCUUCCUCUAUCUCUCCUUCUUACGGGUUAGCCGAGAAUUGUACCUUUGUGUCCACUGCGUGGAGGAGAGGUAACACUGAUAGUGAUGCCUAUUCCAGCUUCCACGAUUUUCCAACUCACAACAAGCUUUUACCAGUUGCAAGGCUCAGAAACGAGGAACAAGAAGACGUGGAAAUCAUUGUUGUUCAUGAAGAAACACACGAACCAGUCGAGGAUGGUAUUGAAGGAGAAAUUUGGGUUUCUUCCCCAAGCAAUGGCUCUGGCUACUUGGGCCACCCUAGUUUAACAAGAGAGGUAUUUCAUGCAAGACUGAGAAACACGGUUAGUAAGUGCUUUCUUCGAACUGGGGAUAGAGGCAUCGUGAAAGGAGAACGUAGGUUUCUCUUUGUCACUGGUCGUUGUCAAGAUGUUAUCAAACUCCAAAAUGGUCAAAACAUUCAUCCCCAUUACAUAGAAACUGCAGCUUAUAACAGUUGCACCAAGUUACUGAGAGGAGGGUGUCUUGCAGCUUUCGAAGUUUCGAAAACUGUUGCGGUUGUGGCAGAGAUACAGAGAAUUGAGAAAGCCAUUGACACGGGGAUGUUAAAGAGGGUUUGUGAGGGAAUUAAAGAAAGUGUUUGGACGAAAGAGAAGGUUGAAGUUGGAUGGUUGGUUUUGGUUAAGAGUGAAUGCGUUCCCAAAACCACUUCCGGAAAAUUGCAAAGGUGGAAGGCUAAGGAGAAGCUUCUUGGUGGUGAAAUGAUAGUUCUGAUGGAGAUGAGGUUUGGAGAAGAUGUUAAUGUUACUGAGAGGGCAGAAGAGGUAAGAGAAGUCGCUGGAAAAGAGAAGGGUAACAUUACUCGUAGCUCGUUGAUCUCACUUCUGUGA